GAUAAGAGAGACAUUAGUUACACCCCCUCAUUUAUUCAUGGAGAAGGUGUUCAUCUUGGAAGUCGAUGUUUUAUGUCCUCUGAAUGUGGAAAAUAUUUUACUAAAUUUUCUAGCUUUCAUUAUCAACAGAGAGGUCAUACUGGAGAAUGGCCUUAUCACUCCAAUGAAUGUGGGAAAUCUUUUACCCAGAGCUCUGCCCUUUGUAAUGAUCAGACACUUCGUACAGGAGAAAAGCCUUAUCAAUGCAGUGAAUGUGAGAAAUCUUUUACCGCUAAGAACAUCCUUCUGCAACAUCAGAGAUUUCAUACUGCAGAAAAGCCUUAUAAAUGUAGUGAAUGUGGGAAGUCUUUUACUGCUAAGCGCAUCCUUCAUCAUCAUCAGAGAGUUCACACUGGAGAAAAGCCUUUUCAAUGCAGUGAAUGUGGAAAAUCUUUUAUCACUACGGCUGACGUUCAUCAACAUCAGCGUAUUCACAGUGGAGAAAGCCCUUAUAAAUGCAGUGAAUGUGGAAAAUCUUUUACCACUAGUAUUGACCUUCAUUGUCAUCAGCGUAUUCACAGUGGAGAAAAGCCUUAUCAAUGCAGUGAAUGUGGAAAAUCUUUUACCACUAGUAGUUCCCUUCAUUGUCAUCAGCGUAUUCACACUGGAGAAAAGCCUUAUAAAUGCAGUGAAUGUGGAAAAUCUUUUACCACUAGUAGUUCCCUUCAUUGUCAUCAGCGUAUUCACACUGGAGAAAAGCCUUAUAAAUGCAGUGAAUGUGGAAAAUCUUUUACCACUAGUAGUUCCCUUCAUUGUCAUCAGCGUAUUCACACUGGAGAAAAGCCUUAUAAAUGCAGUGAAUGUGGAAAAUCUUUUCCCCGGAGCGAUACCCUUCGUUUUCAUUGGAGAAUUCAUACAGGAGAAAAGCCUUAUAAAUGCAGUGAAUGUGGAAAAUCUUUUAUCGCUAAAACCAUCCUUGAUCAACAUCAGAGAGUUCAUACAGGAGAAAAGCCUUAUAAAUGCAGUGAAUGUGGAAAAUCUUAUAAAGGUAGCAGUGGUCUCCAAUAUCAUAAGAGAAGUCACAUGGGAAAAGCCUUAUAAAUGCAGUGAAUGUGGGAAAUCUUUUCCCUCUAAGACCAACCGUUGUCAACAUCAGAGUUCAUAUGGGAGAAAAACUUAAUAAAUG